UUUAUAAUUAAUCCUUGGCAGUUCCUUUUUUCUUUCACACUCUCCAAGUCUCCAUCCACACUCAUUCAUUUGCAACAAUAACCAACAAUGGAAAGUGGAUUACCCUUGCUUCAUUGUCUCUUGCAACAUACUCUUAGAAACCUAUGCUCUUCUUCAACUUCUACUUCAGAUUCUUCUUCUUCUUCUUCUUCCUCCAAAUGGGUUUACGCUGUUUUUUGGAGAAUUGUACCAAGAAACUUCCCUCCUCCAAGGUGGGAAUUUGGUGGAAGUGCUCUUGAUCGUUCCAAAGGGAACAAAAGAAACUGGAUCCUUGUUUGGGAAGAUGGAUUCUGUGAUUUCAAUGAAUGCCAACAUGGAAGGAGCUUGAAUGAAAGGUUUGGAGCUGAAGUUUUCUUCAAAAUGUCUCAUGAAGUUUACAACUUUGGAGAAGGAUUACUAGGGAAAGUGGCUGCAGAUAAUAGUCACAAAUGGGUUUAUGGUGACACUCAAAAUGGGUGUGAAUCUGACUACGUUGGUACAUGGAAUUCUUCAAGUGAUCAUCAACCAAGAGCUUGGGAGUUUCAGUUCAAUUCAGGUAUUCAGACUGUUGCUGUCAUUGGUGUUAGAGAAGGCUUAGUGCAGCUUGGUUCAUUUAACAAGAUUGCUGAAGAUCUGAACAUAGUGACGAGCAUACAAAGAAAAUUCAGCUACCUUCAAAGCAUACCAGGUGUGUUUGCAAUUCAAAGACCAUCAUACUUACCUAUCCAACAACAAAAUCCAUACAUUGCAAAAUCCAAUUUCCAAAUCAUGGACUCCAAUAAUGACAUGCCUCUCUCAAACUACAACAUGGUUAUCAACCAAAUUGGAUCAAUUAAUAAUAAUAAUAAUAAUAAUAAUAAUAAUAAUAAUAAUAAUAGUAGUAGAAUACUUGAAGAAAAAUCAAACUAUUUUUCCAUGGUAGCAAUCAACAUGAUGGGAAGGAAUAAUAAUAAUAAUAAUAAUAGUCUACAAGAUGGAACACAACAAGGGACAAUGCAACAACAAAGUCUUUGGUCAGGUCCUUCUACUUUGCCAAACAUGUCUUGUAGUCUUGGCGCAUUGCUAUCAAGGCUUCCUAAUGAAGUUCCAUCAUGCUUUAAUCCCAACUCUCAAGUUCUUGAAACCAAUAAUAGGAUGAUCAUCAACACCACAACCCAAAGGGUGAAGAUUGAAGACUCUGGAUUUCAUCUUGGUGGUGAUGCUGAUCAUAAAGAAAACGCCAGGUCUUAAACAAAUAAAUGCGGGUUUAGUUUUUGUGUUGAGUUUAAUUUUGAUGCACUAACAGUAUAAAACGUUUUAUACAAUUAUGUAAUUAUAUAAUUGUGUAAUUGUUCUUUUGGAUUACUAUUCACGCAGUUAAUGUGAAAAAUAAUUAUUUUACGAUAUGACAUCAUGUAAUUAGAUGCGCAUGUAAAACUAUUUUAGAGUGACAGUGCAUCAAAAUUAAAUGGUAGAAAUUCAUGUGUAGUCGACUUCAUAUAAAGUUGACAACUGAGAGCCGUUAGAUAAUUUGACUGAUUUGAUUACAUUUUCAUUUAACGGCUCUCAACUAUCAACUUCAGGUGAAGUCGACUGCAUUUGAGUUUUCACCAAAUUAAAUUCUUCUAUUUUUGUUUUAUAUUUUUUUAUUUUUUGGCAAGAUGGUGUGAAUGUAGAAACAGAGAAUAUGGUUUUAUUAUGUUUAUAUUUCUUUUA